AUGCUCAGAGCAGCUGCAGCCGUGAGUGCGAUGGGGACCCCCAAAGGUGCGGCCACAGCGCUGGUGCUGUCACCUCUCUCUGCCCUUCUCAUUGCCGUUGUGCUCACUGCCAUCCUGCUGCUUGCCAGGACUCUCCGCAAGGCCACUCAUGGCCAGAUCCUACCGGGUCCUUUUGCGUGGCCUCUGGUGGGCAAUGUCCUGCAGCUGGGCCGUCUGCCCCACCUCACCUUCAUGCACAUGGCGUGCCACUAUGGAGCCAUCUUCCCUUCCUUCGGCCUGGUGUCUGGUGGGCGCAGCAUCACCUUUGGGAGCUGCUCACCCCAAUGGCAGGCACAGUGGCGGCUGGCCCAUGCUGCCCUAAGGGCUCAUUCAAUGGUUGCCGAGGUGGAGUGGCACGUGGCGGCCGAGGCAGGUGACCUGGCGCAGCUCUUCCGGAGGCACAGCCAGGGUGGUGCUUAUUUCCAGCCCUGCCCGCUCUUAGUGGUGGCCAACACCAAUGUCCUCUGUGCUCUCUGCUUUGGCCACCGCUAUGACCAUUCUGACAGCGAGUUCACCGCAUUGCUUGGCCGCAAUGACCGCUUUGGGCAGACGGGGGCCGGCAGUCUGGUGGACAUGCUGCCCUGGCUCCUCUGCUUCCCCAACCCUGUCCGCUGUGUCUACUGUGACUUCCAGGCCCUCAACUGUGAACUGCGUGGCUUUGUGCAGGCCAAGGUGGCACAGCACCACCAGACCUUUGACUGGCGAGCAGUCCGUGACAUCAGUGAUGUCAUGAUCACCUCUGUAGAGUGCUGGGGUGUGUCCCCUGAUGGGCUGGGACCUGAGGAUGUGGAAGGUGCCAUGACCGACAUCUUCGGAGCAGGGCAGGACACCACAUCCACAACGUUCUCAUGGAUCCUCCUGCUGCUGCUGAAGCACCCGCAGGUCCAGCAGGACUGAUAGGCUGAGCUGGAGCUGGUGGGACACAGCCGACUGCCCACAACUGAGGACCGACCCCAUCUACCCCUUCUGGAGGCCUUCAUCUAUGAGACACUGCGCUACAGCAACUUUGUGCCCAUCACCAUUCCACAUGCCACCACAGCUGAUGUGGAGCUCGAGGGCUUCCACAUCCCUAAGGGCACUGUGGACUUUGUCAACCAGUGGUCAGUCAACCAUGACUGCAGCAAGUGGUCUGAGCCCCAGUGCUUUGAUCCUACGCGAUUCCUGGACAAGCAGCAGUGCCUGGACCGUGAGCGGGCUGGCAGCGUGAUGAUCUUCUCGGCUGGCCAGCGGCGCUGCAUAGGUGACCAGCUCUCCAAGCUCCAGCUCUUCCUCUUCACCACCAUCCUCCUCCACCACUGCUCCUUCCAUGCCAACCCAGCGGAGCACCUCACCAUGGACUGCAUCCAUGGGCUGGUGCUGAAGCCACUGCCUUUCACUGCCAAUGUGUGGCCGAGGCUCCACCUGCUCAUCCAGCCAUGA